GCUGCCCCCCAGCGUGGGACACUCACCAGAUGUUGGCCAGGGGAGGGUCAACCCCAAGGUCCUGGGGUGCUAUAAGGGGGGUGAGUGGCCCCUCCAUGCACUCUGGACGGCUGCAGCCAUGCUGGGUGCUCUGUGUCUCGCUGUGUUGCUGGGCUACGCCUAUGGAUGCGGGCAGGCGGCCGUGGCAUCGCUGCAUGUCCCCCGUGUGGUGGGUGGUGAAGAUGCUGUGCCCCACAGCUGGCCAUGGCAGAUCUCACUGCAGUACAGCCGCAAUGGGGAGUGGUACCACACAUGCGGUGGGACCCUGAUUGAAACCAACUGGGUGCUGACGGCUGCCCACUGCAUCAGCUCUACCCUGACGUACCGCGUGGUGCUGGGCAAGCAGGUCCUGUCGGAUGAGGAAGAGCCGGGCUCGGUGGCUGUGGGUGUGGAGAAGAUCAUCGUGCAUGAGAAUUGGAACUCCCUCCUCAUCGUCAAUGACAUCGCCCUGAUCAAGCUGGCAGAGGAGGUGCAGGAGAGUGAGACCAUCCAGGUGGCCUGCCUGCCGCCCGCCGGGCAGAUACUGGAGAACAACUACCCCUGCUAUGUGACCGGCUGGGGCCGGCUCUGGACAAAUGGGCCCCUGGCUGACGUCCUGCAGCAGGCACUGCUGCCCGUGGUGGACUAUGAGACCUGCUCCCAGUGGAGCUGGUGGGGCAUCUACGUGCUCCCCAGCAUGGUGUGCGCCGGCGGCGAUGGUGUCAUCUCCAGCUGCAACGGGGACUCCGGAGGCCCCCUGAACUGCCCGUUCGAGGGGCGCUGGGAGGUGGCCGGAAUCGUCAGCUUUGGCUCGGCGCUGGGCUGCAACACGCUGAGGAAGCCGACGGUGUUCACCCGCGUGUCCGCCUACAUCGACUGGAUCAACGAGACAAUAAGCAGCAACUGAAGAUGCGGCGCGAGGGGCAGCGCGUCUCGAGCGUGAUAAAGGCACAAGUGCUGA